AUGGCUGCGGCGGCAGCGGCCCGUCAGGGGCGGCAGUCGGGGGACGUCCGCGCGCUUGGCCGGGCGGUGAAGCAGCUGGAGCGCCUGGAAGCGCAGUGCAGGGACCCCCGGUUCGCCUCGAGUCCCCCCUCGCUGCGGGACCUGCUGCCCCGCACUGCGCAGCUGCUGCGCAAGGUGACCAUGGCUGGGGGGGCGGCAGGAGGUAGCUGCCCCGAGGGUCCAGGCGGAGCUCGGGACUUCCUCGUCAUCUACCUCACCAACCUGGAAGCCAAGGGCAGGCAGGUGGCAGCGCUGCUGCCUCCCCGGGGCCGAACGGAAGCCAAUGACGAGCUCUUCCGGGAGGGCUCCACACUCAGGCGGCAGCUGGCCAAGCUGGCCCUCAUCUUCAGCCACAUGCACGCGGAGCUUGGCGCGCUCUUCCCCGGGGGGCAGUACUGUGGACACACGUACCAGCUCACCAAGGCGCCAGCCCACACCUUCUGGAGGGAGCAUUGCGGGACCCGCUGUGUGCUGCCCUGGGCUGAGUUUGAGUCCCUCUUGCGUACCUGCCACCCUUUGGAGUCAGGCUCCACGGCCCUGGCCUUGCGCUCCACCAUUGACCUCACCUUCAGCGGCCACGUGUCCAUCUUCGAGUUUGACAUCUUCACCAGGCUCUUCCAGCCAUGGUCCACACUCCUCAAGAACUGGGAGCUUCUGGCGGUCAACCACCCGGGCUACAUGGCUUUCCUCACAUAUGACGAGGUCCGAGCGCGCCUACAGGCCUGCAGGGACAAGCCUGGCAGCUACAUCUUUCGCCCCAGCUGCACUCGUUUAGGGAAGUGGGCCAUCGGGUACGUGAGCGCGGAAGGCAGCAUCCUACAGACCAUCCCUCUCAACAGACCCCUGUUCCAGGUGCUCCUGGAAGGACAAAGAAAAGGCUUCUACCUCUACCCAGAUGGGAGGAACCACAACCCGGACCUGACUGAACUCUGCCGCACACAACCCCACCAGCACAUCCAUGUGUCCGAGGAACAGCUACAGCUCUACUGGGCCAUGGACUCCACCUUCGAGCUCUGCAAAAUAUGUGCCGCGAGCGACAAGGACGUGAAGAUCGAGCCAUGUGGGCACCUGCUCUGUAGCCGCUGCCUGGCUUCCUGGCAGCACUCAGACAGCCAGACCUGCCCCUUCUGCCGCUGCGAGAUCAAGGGCCAAGAGCCCAUCAGUGUUCAGCAAUUCCCAGGGAGGCCAGUGGGGGCCAGGUCUGCCGCCACUGAGGACUCAGGGGACAGCAGUGACCAGGAAGACAGGGAGGAGGAGAUGGAGCAGGUGGCUCCUUCAGCGCCCCCUCUCCCCCCUCGGCUAGAUCUAUCCCCCACAAGACCCAGAAGUGGAGGCCAUCUAAAUGUGGCACCUCCAGCCCUCCCCAGACUUCAGGCCCCUUUGCCCCUGCCGAAAAUUAAGACUGUGGUCUCAGUCUUGUGGGAGGCCAACUCCAGCCACCAGACCAGGGAGGGGCCCACAGAGGUACCAAGAUGUGCCGCUAAAGAGAGCCCCAGGGGCUGGAAGGGGUUUGUGAAGCGGAAAUAA